AUGCACUUCACCACUGGCAUUGCCAUCUUUGCUGCACUCGCCACUUCGGCGUCCGCUUCAGGUUACUACCCUCGCGGAGAGACAGUCGCGACCAGCGCCGCCGCCUCCUCUACUGGAGCCCCCGCCUCGGACCCAAACGACCCAUGUCUCUGUGGCUCGUUCAGCUUGGAGCUCAUGCAGGCGUGCGUCGACGAGAACGAAGUGAUUGACGCCAACUCGGACAAGUGCCUUGCGGUGUUUUGCGCGCCUGGCGAGGCCGUGACUGACUGUGUCCGCUGUUUGGACCAUAUGCCUGGCAUUGGCAUCACGUACAACUAUACCGACACCGAGGGCAAUAUCCUGCAGAUCAACAAGGACGCCCAGUGCCCCGCUACUACCCCUACCCCUACCCCUACCGCCGCCGAAUCCGCACCCACGGCGGACAGCACCGGGUCCCCUGCCGACAUGUGCAACCCUUCCUGUGACAAGGUCAGCCAGGCGAUCCUCGAGGCGUGCGUUGAAAAGGACACCGGUGCCAUUCUAAACGGCACGGAGGCGUGCCAGAAUGUGGUUUGCACGAUCAGCCAAGACAUGUCCGACUGUGUCGGGUGCCUCAGUGCCCAGAACCCGGACGUUUUGGAUGACGGCCAACGCGCGAUUCUCAACAUCAACAAGGAGUCCACGUGCCCCCACACUGACAAUGGCGGCGCCAACUCCACCAAUGGAACCACUCCCGCCCUCUGCGACUCUGCCUGUGCCGCCACCUGCAACGCCACUUGUGCUCCCCUGUACCCCCAGCUGGUGGAACUGUGCGUCGACGAAUUCAACGUCUUCAAUGACACCGAGGCAUGCUCUACGGCGCUUUGUGGCAACCUGCGCGAGCAAAUGGUUGCAUGCGGCACCUGCCUGCUCCCUCUGGGUGAGCAGGUUGAGGAGUCGCCGUCGCUGGCCGUCCAAAUCUUCCAGACGCUGAGCUGCUUCGCCAACGACAACGACAACGGCAACGCCACGUCCACGGCCACUCGCGAGGGGCAGGCCAGUGGCACAGCUACUGCCAAGCCCGGUGACUCGACCGACAACAACGGUUCCCACAACGGCAACGGCAACGGCAACGGCGGUAAGGGCUGCAAGCGCCGCCGCCGCGCUCUCUAA